AUGUGGAAACACUUUGUCUUCCUGAGGAAGCCUGUGGACGGCUGCACAGGAGGCGCAGCUGAGAUUCCAUGUGGACCACUCUUAAAUAAAAACGAGAAACACGAAGAGAAACUGGUCAUGUUCACCAAUCAGUCAGAAGAUUCUGAAAGGUGUGAGAGCGCGGAGCUGGAUAAUAAGAUCCUCGGUCUGAUCGAAAGGAACACUUCCGAUCCCAGAGGGGUUAGCCCGGCCGCCACGUCGAGUCAUAGAAAUCCCUGUUCUGUGAAGCCUCCAGGAAAAACAGCUUCUGUGGCACAUUUCUUACAGAGCACAGCUAGAAUGAGUGGUGCAGAAAGUUCUACGGAUCAUGCAGAGUGUGCUCAAUCGUCAAGAAGAAAGAACUUAAAUUCUCUUGAACAAAAGAUAAGAUGUCUGGAAAAGCAGAGAAAAGAGCUCCUGGAAGUUAACCAGCAAUGGGAUCAGCAAUUUAGAAGCAUGAAAGAGUUAUAUGAAAGAAAGGUCGCAGAGCUGAAAUCGAAACUGGAUUCCGCAGAAAGAUUCCUGGGAACACUGGAGAAGGAGCGGCUGCAGAAGCCCAGCGAGAGCUGCCCGCCGCGCUGCUGGACCAACGAGUCGCUGCGGCGUGCGGAGAAGGAUAAGGAGAGCCUAAAUGGAGAAUUACAUGAAUUGAAGAUAGAGAAUAACCUUUUGAAGGAAAAAAAUGCUCUCAUGAACCACAAGAAGCAACGUUAUGAAUGUGAAAUAAAACGCCUCAAUAAGGCUCUGCAGGAUGCCUUGAGAAUGGAGUGCUCUCCAUCUCUUGAGGACUGUUCAGGGAAGUCCGAAGUGGAGUGCAGCCGCGAGGAGAUGCAAACAGAAAUGGAAGUUCUCAAACAGCAGGUGCAAAUAUAUGAAGAAGACUUCAAAAAGGAGCGAUCAGACCGAGAAAGACUUAAUCAAGAAAAAGAGGAGCUACAGCAAAUUAUUCAGACUUCUCAAUCCCAGUUGAACAGGCUGAAUUCUCAGAUAAAAGCUUGUCAGAUGGAGAAAGAAAAACUAGAGAGGCAAGUAAAACAGAUGUAUUUCCCAACCUGUAACUGCGGCUGGAAUUUCCACCUGAGGGAUCCAUACCUACUGAUGGGCCCUAGGGCUGUGCAGGUCCCACAGAAGUACCCACCAGACUACCAGUGGUAUGCUCCUGACCAGUUUCCGCCAGAUGUGCAGCACAAGGCAAAUGGUCUCCCCUCAGAAAAGAAAGCCAGUCAGUAG